GUUUUAUAUUUAACCCGCUGCAGUGCAGGAGGGGUAGGGGUGGAGAUGCGUCGUUUAUAAGGGGAGCUGUGACAGUCUUCUCUGCAGUCCUCUUCCUCCCACUCGGCUCCUCUUACGGAGUCCUCGUUCCACCCCCCUUGUUUCCGCAUUCAUCCCGAGUGGCUGGUGGGAACGUGAAAAGGGAGAGCAAAGACGCAAGACGCCAGAGAGAGGUGUGGAGAAAGCGAAAACAGGCUGCCAAACCAGGGGAUUCCUUCCAAUUUAAAAAGGAAGUCUGCUGACGUUAGUUAGUUAAAUUUAACAUCUUUUUAUGUGUAACACUUGACUUCGGAAGCAAAAAUGAACUUUGCGGAGGGAGAGGGCUCUAAGAGAUACUGCAUUCGAACGAAACAUGUGGCCAUUCUCUGUGCGGUGGUGGUGGGUGUAGGAUUAAUAGUGGGACUUGCCGUGGGCUUGACCAGAUCGUGUGGCUGCACCGGGGACGGCGGGGCGGGUACUGCGCCGGCUCCUUCCCAGCAGCCUUCUUCCACGGCCAGCCCCUCGGGGCCGCCUGCCCAGGACCAGGGCAUCUGCCCUGCCAGUGAGGAUGAGAGCGGACAGUGGAAAAACUUCCGGCUGCCAGACUUCAUCAACCCUGUCCACUACGACUUGCACGUGAAACCCCUGCUGGAGCAGGACACCUACACCGGCACCGUGAGCAUCUCCAUCAACCUGAGCGCGCCCACCCGCCACCUGUGGCUGCACCUCCGGGAGACCAGGAUCACCCAGCUCCCUGUGCUGAAGAGGCCAUCGGGGGACCAGGUGCAAGUCCGGAGGUGUUUUGAGUACAAACCGCAGGAGUACGUGGUGCUCGAGGCAGAGGAAGAGCUUACCCCCAGCGGUGGAGAUGGCCUCUAUCUCCUGACCAUGGAGUUCGCCGGCUGGCUGAACGGCUCCCUCGUGGGGUUUUACAGAACCACCUACACGGAGAACGGACAAAUCAAGAGCAUAGCAGCCACCGAUCAUGAACCAACAGAUGCCAGAAAAUCCUUCCCUUGUUUUGAUGAGCCCAACAAAAAGGCAACUUAUACAAUAUCUAUCACCCAUCUCAAAGAAUAUGGAGCACUUUCAAAUAUGCCAGUGGCGAAAGAAGAGUCAGUGGAUGAUAAAUGGAAUCGAACAACUUUUGAGAAGUCUGUCCCCAUGAGCACGUACCUGGUGUGCUUUGCCGUACAUCAGUUUCACCCUGUAAAGAGAAUAUCGAAUAGUGGAAAGCCUCUCACAAUUUAUGUCCAGCCGGAGCAAAAGCACACAGCAGAAUAUGCCGCAAACAUAACUAAAAGUGUGUUUGAUUAUUUUGAAAAAUACUUCGGUAUGAAUUAUUCUCUUCCUAAAUUAGAUAAAAUAGCUAUUCCAGAUUUCGGCACUGGUGCUAUGGAGAACUGGGGACUCAUCACUUACAGAGAAACGAACCUGCUUUAUGACCCUGAGGAAUCAGCCUCAUCAAACCAACAGAGGGUGGCCGCUGUGGUUGCCCAUGAACUUGUGCAUCAGUGGUUUGGAAAUAUUGUGACCAUGGACUGGUGGGAAGACUUGUGGCUAAAUGAAGGAUUUGCUUCAUUCUUUGAGUUUCUGGGAGUAAACCAUGCAGAAACAGACUGGCAAAUGCGUGACCAAAUGUUACUUGAAGAUGUAUUACCUGUACAAGAGGAUGAUUCUUUGAUGUCUUCACAUCCAAUUGUUGUCACUGUGACAACCCCUGCUGAAAUAACAUCUGUUUUUGAUGGAAUAUCCUACAGCAAGGGAGCUUCCAUUUUGAGAAUGCUUGAAGACUGGAUACAACCAGAGAAUUUUCAAAAAGGAUGUCAGAUGUACUUGGAAAAAUACGAAUUCAAGAAUGCAAAAACUGCUGAUUUUUGGGCAGCACUAGAAGAGGCAAGUGGGCUACCAGUGAAAGAGGUAAUGGACACCUGGACCAGACAGAUGGGUUAUCCUGUGCUUAAUGUGAAUGGUGUUAAGAAUAUUACACAGAAACGCUUUCUGUUGGAUUCAAGAGCGAACCCUUCUCAGCCUCCUUCAGAUCUGGGUUAUACAUGGAAUAUUCCAGUUAAAUGGACUGAAGAUAAUAUAUCAAGCAGUGUGUUAUUUAAUAGGUCAGAAAAAGAAGGAAUCACUUUGAACUCUUCUAAUCCUAGUGGAAAUGCUUUUCUCAAAAUAAACCCAGAUCAUAUUGGGUUUUAUCGUGUAAAUUAUGAAGUAGCAACUUGGGACUCUAUAGCUGCAGAGCUCUCCUUGAACCACAAGAAUUUUUCUUCAGCUGACCGUGCAAGUCUUAUUGAUGAUGCUUUUGCCUUGGCAAGAGCCCAACUUCUAGAUUAUAAGGUGCCUUUGAACUUGACCAAGUAUCUCAGAAGGGAAGAGGACUUUUUACCAUGGCAGAGAGUCAUUUCAGCUGUAACCUACAUCAUUAGCAUGUUUGAAGAUGAUAAAGAGCUAUAUCCUAUGAUUGAGGAAUACUUCCAAGUUCAAGUGAAGCCUAUUGCAGAUUCUCUGGGAUGGAAUGAUACUGGAGACCACCUCACAAAGUUACUCCGUUCCUCUGUGUUAGGGUUUGCGUGCAAGAUGGGAGACAGAGAAGCCUUGGACAAUGCUUCCCUGUUAUUUGAGCGAUGGCUAACUGGGACUGAAAGGAUUCCUGUAAAUCUCAGGCUUCUGGUGUAUCGGUAUGGGAUGCAGAACUCUGGCAAUGAGACUUCAUGGAACUAUACUCUUGAGCAAUACCAGAAAACUUCAUUAGCUCAAGAAAAAGAAAAACUGCUCUAUGGAUUAGCAUCAGUAAGGAAUGUUACUCUCUUGUCAAGGUAUUUGGAUUUGCUCAAGGACACAAACCUUAUUAAAACUCAGGAUGUGUUUACAGUCAUUCGAUAUAUCUCAUAUAACAGCUAUGGGAAGAACAUGGCCUGGAAUUGGAUACAACUCAACUGGGACUAUCUAGUUGACAGAUAUACACUCAAUGACCGAAACCUUGGCCGAAUUGUCACAAUAGCAGAGCCAUUCAACACUGAAAUGCAACUGUGGCAGAUGGAGAGCUUUUUUGCAAAAUAUCCACAAGCUGGAGCAGGAGAAAAACCUAGGGAGCAAGUGCUGGAAACAGUGAAAAACAACAUCGAGUGGCUAAAACAACAUAGAAACACCAUAAGAGACUGGUUUUUUGAUUCAAUUGCAAAUAGUUAAUGUGUUCAAAUGUUACAGUUUAAUUUUGUGAAUCUGUUGUUUCUCUUACAAGCAUGAUGGAGGAAGCCUUAUAAACAGAUAUUGCUUUUACUAAGCACUGUGUUUAUAUGUCUUGCAAAGCCUUUAAAUUGUUCCUCUUUGUUUAUGAAGAAAGAUACUAAUAGAGUAUUUAAUAUACUCAGGGAUUUCUUCUAAGUGUACUUCAUAGGAGAUUUCUUUACAAACUGAAGAUAAUUUAAUAGUCAUUUUAAUAUCUUUAAAUAUCAUUCUUUGUAUCUUAAAUCUGUGAAGUAGAACAAUUUGGUCUUAGCUUUACAUUUUUAGUACCAAAGAAACACCACUUAAUCUUCUCUCUUGAUUGAUUUUUAAAGUUUAAAUACCAGUACUUGAGGGACCAAUAUUACCAUCUUAAUCUUUAUUUUAUUAUUCAGAAUUACAAAGACCUAAUAUCGUUUUAUUCACAUAUGUCUUACUACUUUAAAUCCUACCAACAUAACCUGGGCUUAAGUUUUACUUGAGGAGCACAUGAAUUAGCCAAAAGCAAGGCUGACUGUUGCCUUUGCUCUUAUAAAAUCAACAAGAGAACUCUCCUCUCCUUUUAAAAAUAAAUCUAAAUGAUUACCUUGAAAAAGUAUUGUUUUCCAGUGUCACUUUACUCUUGAAUAAAAAUGACUGCAGUGUUCCCCAAAUAAUUGAACACAUUACAAAUAUGAUUCAAGAA